AUGAGCUACAAAGCACGCGAAACUGAGAUGACGCUACUGGUGCUGCUGCUGUGCGUCGUUGUCGAGGGCGUGGCCGGUGCGAGUGGUGGCGGACACACGCCGUUUCCGCGACCAGACAUUCCGCAGUGUCGGGCCGAGAUGGCGGCGGUGGAGCACGAGGUGAGCACUGCAGCGAAUGGUCCGUGGUCUUUGAUUGCGGUUGACAUGGAUGGAGAUGAAGAUUUGGAUCUGGUGUCGGCGUCGGCGUAUGACGACAAGAUUGCGUGGUACGAGAACACCGACGGGGUCGGGACCUUUGGGCCGCAGCAAGUGGUGAGCACGGCUGCAGACAGUGCGCGGUCUGUGAUUGCGGCUGACAUCGAUGGAGAUGGCGAUCUGGACCUGGCGUCGGCGUCGGAGAGCGACGACAAGAUUGCGUGGUACGAGAACACCGACGGGCUCGGGACCUUUGGGCCGCAGCAAGUGGUGAGCACUGCAGCGAACGGUGCGCAGUCUGUGAUUGCGGCUGACAUCGAUGGAGAUGGCGAUAUGGACUUGGCGUCGGCGUCACUCGACGACGACAAGAUUGCGUGGUACGAGAACACCGACGGAUUCGGGACCUUUGGGCCGCAACAAGUGGUGAGCACUGCAGCGGACCGUGCGCGGUCUGUGAUUGCGGCUGACAUCGAUGGAGAUGGAGAUAUGGACCUGGCGUCGGCGUCGGAGCUCGACAGCAAGAUUUCGUGGUACGAGAACACCGACGGGGCCGGGACCUUUGGGCCGCAGCAAGUGGUGAGCACUGCAGCGAACGGUGCAAAGUCUGUGGUUGCGGCUGACAUCGAUGGAGAUGGCGAUCUGGACCUGGCGUCGGCGUCGUCGAGCGACGACAAGAUUGCGUGGUACGAGAACACCGACGGGGCCGGGAGUUUCGGACCGCAGCAAGUGGUGAGCACUGCAGCAGACGGUGCACAGUCGGUGAUUGCGGCUGACAUCGAUGGAGAUGGCGAUCUGGACCUGGCGUCGGCGUCGCACGCCGACGACAAGAUUGCGUGGUACGAGAACACCGACGGCUCUGGGAGUUUUGGACCGCAGCAAGUGGUUAGCACCGCAGCAGACUUUGGUCAGUCUGUGAUUGCGGCUGAUAUUGAUGGAGAUGAUGAUCUGGACCUGGCGUCGUCGUCGGUGCUCGACAACAAGAUUUCGUGGUACGAGAACACCAAUCAGACUGCGGCGUUCGGGCCGCAGCAAGUGGUGAGCACUGCAGCGGUCUAUGCGUCGUCCGUGAUUGCGGCUGACAUUGAUGGAGAUGGCGAUCUGGACCUGGCGUCGGCGUCGGCGUAUGACAACAAGAUUGCGUGGUACGAGAACACCGACGGGGCCGGGAGCUUUGGGCCGCAGCAAGUUGUGAGCACUGCAGCGAACGGUGCGCGGUCUGUGAUUGCGGCUGACAUCGAUGGAGAUGGCGAUCUGGACCUGGCGUCAGCUUACUCGAACACCAUUGCGUGGUACGAGAACACCGACGGGGCCGGGAGUUUUGGGCCGCAGCAAGUGGUGAGCACGACAACGACCCUUGCGGUGUCUGUAUUUGCGGCCGACAUUGAUGGAGAUGGCGAUAUGGACCUGGCGUCGGCAUCGAGUUCUCUCGACCAGAUUGUGUGGUUCGAGAACACCGACGGCGCGGGGACCUUUGGACCGCAGCAAGUGGUAAGCACGGCUGCGGACGGUGCGGCGUCUGUGAUUGCGGCUGACAUUGAUGGAGAUGGCGAUCUGGACCUGGCGUCGGCGUCGCAGGUCGACGACAAGAUUGCGUGGUACGAGAACACCGACGGAUUCGGGACCUUUGGGCCGCAGCAAGUGGUGAGCACAGCAGCGACCAGUGCGCGGUCUGUGAUUGCGGCUGACAUGGAUGGAGAUGGCGAUCUGGACCUGGCGUCGGCAUCGUUCAACGACGACAAGAUUGCGUGGUACGAGAACACCGACGGGCUCGGGACCUUUGGGCCGCAGCAAGUGGUGAGCACUGCAGCGAACGGUGCAAAGUUUGUGGUUGCGGCUGACAUCGAUGGAGAUGGCGAUAUGGACCUGGCGUCGGCGUCGCACGCCGACGACAAGAUUGCGUGGUAUUCCUGUUUCUCGCGUGGACCGUUCCACGCUUACGCAGCAACCACUCAUUCUCUCGACACUUCGUGCAUGUCGUACAACUCGCCCGCCGCCUGCCUCUCAUCGGCACUCACCCGCCUCUCACGCUGCAUGCGCGAUACCCUGCUCCUUCCACCAGGCCGAUACUCUUGCUUUCGCGACAAGCACCUGCACAUGUUUGAUAAGAGCAUCAUUCUCGCCUCCACCGAGUCUGGAACCGCCACCUUUGCCUGCAAUGGCAACGCGCUCUUCCGUCUCACCUCCACUUCUAACUCCUACACCGAGCUUGAUCUGGUAGGCCUCCGACUCGAGAACCUCGGCAACAGCCACGCCACGCCAAUCGUCGGCUCAAGUGGGUUGCGUGUUGAGGAUGGCAACUCCGUCCUUCGCCUCCGCAAUGUCACUAUUGACGGCGGAUCGUCGCCUUCAACCAGCAACCAACUGGCCGGUGGUCGUGGUGGCUGUUUACUUGUGACGGAUGGUGCAAAAGUCGAAAUCGUCAACUCGACCCUGACUCGCUGCACAGCUGGUAGUGACGGUGGCGCUGUGGCCCUAAUGGAUUCAGGAAGUGAGCUAGUGCUCCAGAGCUCUCGCAUCGAAUCAUCAACUGCCAGCAACGACGGUGGCGCCGUGUGGGCAGGUGCCGAUACUAUUGUUGCCAUCGCGGAUGGAUCGAGCCUAUCGGCAAACUCUGCUGGCAGCAGUGGCGGCGGACUAUCCGCUUCCGACAACACCCACAUUGUGCUCAUGGACUGUUCUCUGGACAGCAACACCGCUGGCGGUCUCGGCGGUGGCCUCUUUCUCUCUCCGUUCACCAUCGCCAACGUGUCGACGUCUGCGAUCACCGGCAACACCGCCAGCUUUGGCGGCGGCCUUGCUGUAUCCUCCGACCCCACAUCGACCGCCGGCAAGUUCUCCGUCGUCGACAUUCCUACCGCAUCCCCUCUAGCGCCCACUUCUUCGCAUGCCCUCAUGCUUGACGACGUCACGGUCACUGCCAACACCGCAUCGCGGGUCGGCGGCGGCUUCUUUGUGUGCGGGGCCCAAGUCACUGUCUCUGGUCACUCGGCCUGGUCCUCCAACGCCGCCCUCUGGUCGCCCACAGCGCGCUCAUCCGCCGAUGCGUUCGAGUGUGGCGGCGGGCCGUGGCUCGACACCAGCGCGGCUCAACUCGACCUAGGCUCACCUGAUAUCCAAGGCCCACCCGCCACUCUCGCCUGGGCCGUCGAGCCCACUGCAGUCGUUGAGGCCGGAGGCGUCGUCACCGGCGCGGUCCGCGUCUACGACGCUUUUGGUCGCAAUGUGGUCUACCGAACCACCAUUGCACAGACCAUCUACGCAGCGUCGCCGGCUCUACCACCGCUUGGUCUGCCCGACAUCCUGCUCGAGUCACCCAACGUGGCACUGCCUUCGGCCACGCUUUCCAUCGUCGAUGGCGCCCUCGUACCUGCCACCGUGACGUUCUCGGUCUCUCUCGUCACCGACGGCUCCGGCCGCGGCCUUCCGGUGCCGCCACUUCCAGGCUCGGUCGACAUUGUCCCAUGUGGACUCGGCCGCGGCGGCGUGACCGAAGACGACGUCACCACCUGCGCGCCCUGCCUCGAUGGCACCGAGUCGCUGGAGGUUUCGCUGGCCCCAUGUACGGCCCAGUCUUCUUGUCCGACCAACACCCUCCGGCUUGCAGCCAACACAACCAACGAGCCAUGUGUGUGCGUGCCCGGCUUCUACACCCCAUCGGGCCAGUUCAACGAGCCUUGCAUCGCAUGCCCAUCCGGAGGCCUCUGCACGGGUGGCACAGCUCGACCUGUGGCCGGCCCGGGCUUCUUCCCGGACGAGAGCGAUCCAACGCUCUUCCUCGCCUGUCCCAACCCCGAUGCAUGUGCCGGCCAAGGCCGAUGCCAGGCCGGAUACGGCGACCGGCUGUGCGCGCAGUGCCUGCCCGACUACUAUCGGCUCCGUGGAAAGUGUUACGCAUGCAAGGCUGGCGUCAAUACAAUCGUCACGGUGCUUUUGGUGCUUGCGGCGCUUGUUGUUGCGGCUGCGCUGGUGAGCUUCAGCCUGGCCGAGGCGGUGCGGUACAAGUUUGCCGCCGCCAUGAUCGGGCUCAACGCUCUGCAAAUAUCCGCCCUCUACGGGAGGCUCGAGCUCGACUGGGGUCCCGUCGCCGCGGUCUAUUUUGACAUCACGUCGUUUGUCAACCUCAACCUCGAGCUCACCAGCCCCGAGUGCAGCCUGGCCUCAGGCGCCGACGCUUGGGUGAUCAAACUGGUGUUGACGCUAGUCCUGCCAGUCCUAGCUGCGGCUGCUAUCGUGGUCGUCGGCUGCGGGUUUGCUGCCGGCAUCACGAUCAAGCUUCGGCCGGUCGCAAGCUACAGCCUGGGCCAGCUUGCCGGCGCAUGCAAGCGCGCAUGGUUUCAGAGCUUGGUCCUUCUUUACCUGCCGCUCACCGGCGCUGCGUUCUCAGUCUUUGGGUGUCGGCGCGAUGAGGCAGGGAGGUGGGUGCUCGACGCCGAUCCGGUGCGGAGCUGCUACAACUCGGCCUGGUGGACCGGGCUGUUCCCCAUUGGACUUGCUGGCAUCGUCGUGUAUGCCGUCGCCAUUCCUGGGUGCGUGGUGUGGGUGCUGCGCCGUGCGCGCGAUCGCAUGGAGGCGACAACCUUUGCAGCGCGAUACGGGUUUCUGGUCGGUCGUUUUACUAGUUCGCACUGGUGGUUCGAAGCUGCCAUCAUGGCCCGCAAGCUCAUGGUGGUCAUGUGCAUGACGUUCUUUUUCACUGACGAAGGCAAGGCCAACGGCACGGUGUUUGCGCUGGUGGGCUCAUUCGCCCAGCUCAUCUAUGCGCAGCCGUACGGUCGCUCCUUCCACAACGCACUAGCAGUGACUGUGCUAGCGGCGACCAUGUCUGUGCUCUACGCCGGCACGUUUGAUGACUACACGCUGCGGAUGGUCGGAGUGGUCGUCGGAGUGGUGGCCACCAUGGCCGCUAUUGUCAUCGGCAACGGCAUCGAUUUGUGGCUCAUUGCGCGGCACGAGCGGCAAGCUGACGAAGAGUACUUUCAGAGCGGCGUAUCUGAUUUUGCUACUAGCGCUGCUACGCCGGUGGGCGGAGGCAGCUUUGGUAACGAUGUCGAGUUGGACAAGGGUAGGCUUGGAUCGGACGAGCCCGUCAAUAGCCACUCCAUCGAGAUGUUCUCCGUCGGAGGCGAAGCCGAUGACUCGAUCUCGUUGGGGCUACAUUCAGCAAACGCGCCAUCAAUGUACUCCAUUGAUUAA